AUGCCUGGUACUGUUGCAGUCCUUAGGACCAGCCCUGUUCGAGUUGGGGGACAGGUGGACGAGUCGCUGGCUUAUUUUCACCGACUGUUCUGGACGUUUUCACCAUGUAUCGAGGCAUUCCGUCAUUACAAGCCCUUGGUCAAUAUUGACGGCACCCAUCUGUAUGGCAAGUAUGGGGAAACGUUGCUCGUCGCGAUUGCACAGGAUGGGAACUCCAACAUUCUGCCUGUUGCAUUUGCACUGGUUGAGGGUGAGAAUGCCAAGUUCUGGUCCUUCUUUCUCUCCCACCUGUGUCAGCACGUGACCCUACAAGCGGGUCUGCUGGUUAUAUCAGAUAGGCAUAACAGUAUCAAGGCUGCGCUUGAGGCUCCCAACGGAGGAUGGAUACCUCCAGCUGCCUACCGUGCAUUCUGUAUUCCCUGGUCCUUUUUUCUCUCCCACCUGCGUCAGCACGUGACCCCUCAUCCAGGUCUGCUGCAUGUGGCAGCAAAUUUCUCCCUAACCUUAAAGGGCAAGGAUGCAAGGAGGCUUCUUGUGAAUGCAGCGUAUGCGAAGACGGAAGUGGAGUUCGAUUACUGGUUUGACAUUCUGCGGUCUGAAGACCCUGCCAUGUGUGAUUGGGCAAACCAGAUUGAGUAUUCAUUGUGGACACAGCAUCCGGAUGAGGGUCAGAGAUUCGGACACAUGACGACAAAUAUCUCCGAGUGUGUUAAUUCAAUCCUGAAGGGAGUCAGGAAUCUCCCUGUCUGCUCGCUGGUGAAGGCAACUUACGGGAGGUUGGCCGAGCUAUUCGUCCGCAAGGGGAGAGAGGUUGAGGCCCAGCUGGGUACGGGACAACAAUUCUGUCAACACCUGGUGAAGUAUAUUGAGGCAAAUCUAAAGACGGUGAGGUGCUUCACGGUGACUCUGUACGACCGAGAUAACUCGGAGUUCACCGUCUCGGAGACGACUCCUACUGGUUCGUUCUCCUUUGGUAGCUACAGGGUGUAUCGUCUUAGCUCCAUGUUCAGUGUGUAUCGGAUGGGGUUCACACCACCCAUUCCCGAGGGUUUCUGGCCACCAUAUGAUGGGCCGACAGUGAUACCAGACCCCAACAAGAGGCGUGCGAGCGAGGGACGUCCCAGGUCCACCAGGAUACCAACCACUAUGGACGAGGCGGAUCCGAACAGACCGAAGAGAUGUGGGUUCUGUCGGCAACCAGGACACACACGUCGGAGUUGCCCACAGGUCGGAGGACCAAGUCACACGGGUGGGACAUGA